GCUGAAACUUGAAAGUAGUCCAAGUCGACCACAGCCACUACAGCGAGGCAUAAAUAGUAAGAUUUAAGUUAUUUGGAUAAGACAGGGAAGCCGAAGGACGCAUACAAAAAGCUUCAGGAAGUGUACAACAAGUCCGCUUGCACGCGGACCAGUUCUUCAAUGCUUUGAGGACGCAUUUCACACUCUGGAGAGGUUGGGCUCGCGGAGUUAAUCGUCCUCUCCAGCAUGUUAUUCGUAAAGCGAGCCGAGCGCAGAUCCUGCUUGCGAAGAGGAGAAGGGAGCAUAAACACACCGCGGUGUACUGUACAGAGCUGGUGUAACCUGCAGCUCUAAAUCCAUACGCCGCGCGGGUCCGGUUAUGUAAUGCCUGGCGGCGGAGACUGUGCCGCUCGCAGGAGGCGCCUCAGUAGCUGCCGACGCGUGUUCACACCACCAUCCGACUCCGAGCCGACCACUGCACCCGCCCGCCAUGGACCACUCGGGUCCCCCGGAGGUGAAUGUUGAGCAGAUGCGACACCCGUACAAGGACAAGCGCCAGGCGUUCACGGAGGACCAGCUGGUGGCACGCGAGCCGUUCGGCCAGUUCCGCGACUGGUUCAACCAGGCCUGCGCCACGCCGGCCAUCCUCGAGCCCAACGCCAUGUGUCUGUCCACUGCGACCGCCGACGGCCGGCCCUCGGCGCGCUUCGUCCUGCUCAAGGGCUUCGGCCACGACGGGUUCCGCUUCUUUACCAACUACGAGAGCCGUAAGGCGGCCGAGCUGGACUCCAACCCGCGCGCGGCGCUGACCUUCUACUGGGAGGCGCUGAACCGCAGUGUGCGCGUGGAGGGCUCCGUCAGCCGGCUCCCCGAGGACGUCUCCGAGCAGUACUUCCACUCGCGGCCCAUCUCGAGUCAGAUCGGCGCCGCCCUCUGCCGCCAGAGCGUGGUCAUCCCCGGCCGACAGAUGCUGGAGCAGCGCGAGGAGGAGCUGGCGCGGCGGCACGCCGACGGCAGCCCCGUGCCGCGACCCAACUGGGGCGGCUACAUCGUGCGGCCGCACACCGUCGAGUUCUGGCAGGGACAGUCGAACCGCGUCCACGACCGCAUCCGCUUCCGACGCGUCGACGAGAACGGGGAGAGCGCAGAGAACGGAGAGAGCGAGGAGAAUGGGAGCAGCAGCGAGGACGGGUCCUACGUGCACAAAGGAGAAGACGGCUGGGUAUACGAGCGCCUCGCCCCCUGAGUCUGUCCUUGUUUGAAGAACGACUGCCGCACAGGUAAGGCGAUCUGAAGGAAGUGCGUGAGGCUACUGUAUCUGUCCUGUACGCAAGGAUGUAACUAUGUCUUACAUGAUGUGGAUAUUCCUGGCGCUUUCCGAGUCACUACGGGGCCCUUUGUGGUGUUAGGGAUGGUGCUGGUGCCUGCUCGACUAUGGUGGUGGUGAUUGUUGUGGUGACGGUAAUGGCUGACAGUAUCUGCACACAGGGGAUAUACCUACUUCAUAUGGCUGACAAAUAACUGGCUUCUGCGUAUCUGUCUCCGUGUCAUCGCUAUUUCGGGCGGUUGUAUAUCAGGAACAAGGUGGCGAUCCUAACUUUGAAUAACAGUCAUUGAUUGACUCUGCAUUAAUAGCCAUUUAACCGUGCCAUUUAUGUGUUACCGUAGCUCUUGUGACAAUACAAGUAAGCUCGAUCAGUCGUCACUAACAAAGUAUUACAGUACUUUUUGAAAAUAACCGAGCUGGACUCAACCGCAAAUGGCGUUGAGCACCUAUCAAUAGUGUUUCCAGUAGCUGACACUCGUACAUACGCCAAAUGUUAGCCAGCUUUUCCCGAUAAGGCACGUUGUAUGUCGGCAAGUCCGCAUUCGGUGCCUGAGUGUUGUGGGCUGUUCAAAGGUGUGUCAAAUGUCGAUAGAUUCGUACCUCACAAGUUGUCUCCUCUGGAUAGUGGAUGACUUUAUUGUCAGAUAUAUUUUCGAAUAGUCACUGAAAUAUUCAUACCCAGCGAAACUGCUUGUCAGAUCGUAUAUGUGAAAGCAUAAUAAAAACAUUUAGACUGAA